CACACCGUAUGAGUUGAGAUUUCAAGAAGCUAGGAUGGAACUGGAAGUGGAGAAACCACAAAAAUGGUGCUUUGGCAAGUCAUAACCACAAACACAUCGAACCACAGAAGCAGAGUAAGCGUCGCUUUGAAAAGGCGAUCUUCUUUACAACCAGCAAAUUCAACACAGCACAGCCUAAUUAACAUCAAGGUUUGUGAAAUGGAAGGGAAGAUCAAUAAAAAGGAUACCGACUGUGAAGGAAAAUGUGGCACUUCAGAAGGCCUGGAAAAGGGUACAAACUGUGAGAUGCCUGUGAUUACCCUUAACAUUGGUGGGCAUCUCUACACAACACAGAGACUUACAAUAACUAAGUAUGCAGAUUCUUUACUCGAAGCUGUGGUGAAUGGUAAAAUUCAGAAUACUGUCGAUGCAGAUGGAAAUUACUUCUUGGAUCGUGAUGGUCUGCUUUUCAGACACGUUCUUAACUUCUUAAGAAACGGUGAGCUUCUCCUACCAGAAGGAUUUCAAGAAACCCAACUUUUAACACGAGAGGCAGAAUUUUAUCAACUAAAUGCUCUCACGGAGGCACUAAAGACGAAAAGUAUGAAUGUCCAACAUGCACCAGAAGCCACAUUCCUGGAAAUAAUAGAUAACCAUGAUCGCUCUCAAGGGCUCAGAAUCUUCUGCAAUUCUUCAGAUUUCAUAUCAAAAAUCAAGACGCGCAUUGUCCAGGUGUCAAAGAGUCGUCUGGAUGGGUUUCCCCAGGAAUUCACAGUAUCAUCGCAUGUCAUCCAAUUUAAGUAUUUCAUCAAAUCCGAAAGUGGAACACGACUGGUUCUGAAGGAAGACAAUACAUUCAUUUGCACUCUGGAAACCCUCAAAUUUGAGGCAAUCAUGAUGGCUUUAAAGAGCAGGUUUAAGCUGCUGACCAAUUUAGAUAGCUUCAAAGGGUCAAUUGUUCAAUCGGAUGCAAUUCAUUUUGUUAAGUAACUCUGUUUUACAAACCACGUUGAUGCAUGCUAUCCAAUAUAAUAAAUGCAAAGGUACAAAAGACUCUUAAUACUCACUGUAUCACUAUGGUAAAAUUGUGCAUGAAAAUCAACUAUAAAGCUUGACUGUCAGCCAGUAGAAAAUUGUAGCGACGUGAUGUAUUAUUGCACAUUGAUCAAUCUUAACCAGAAUUAUUAGUGCAGUUAACACAGAAGCAUCUGUUUCCACCACGUCAUUUCAUCUGCUAUUUAAUCAUUCUACUGAAUAUAAUUUGGUGUCUAUAGAGCAUAUGUUACGAUGUUAAGGAAAACAAUUAAAUUGAAUUUUGUUUAAACGCAAAAAGUCUCAAUCUCACAGGGGUUUGAACAACA